UGACGAUGAAGUCGUGCUAUAGAGAGAGGCUGGGGUUUGGUUUGGGAGCUGUGGUUGGAAGUGAAACCUCAGCGAGCUGUGGGUGGGAUGUCGCCACACUUCAACUGAAGGCGGCAGCAGGAGCGACAUAAAACGUGGUGCGUGCUGAGAACUGAGCAGACGGCGCCGUGGCUCUGAGCCAUGGACACGGAGACGAGGAGACGUGCGGUGUGGAUGAGUGUUGUCAUCUGCAUCUUGUCCCGCAUCACGAGUGUUCAUUUACAGGCAUCCCCCAGAGAGUAUUUUGUUGCUGUGGGACAGGAAGUCACCUUGACGUGUGACAGAAACACUCCAGGAUGGUCACAGUACGACAAUCCCAAUAUCAGCUCUAUCACCUGGAGGCGGCGUGGUGAAGGCAAUGGAGCACCCGAUAUGGAUUUAACAAACUCACGAGAUUUCAGGAUAACAGUCAUUAAGGAUGUUGAUCAACAUCGAGUUUCUAUCCGAAUCGCAAAUGUGCAGCACAGUGACGCUGGGGUUUACCGUUGCCUGGUUAAAAGCGAAGUUGGAACAGAGAGUCCCAUGAUGGAAAUUAUCACAAUGGAAGUUUCAGCAAACCCAUCCAGUGUCGUGAGUGAAGGAGAGACUGUCACAUUGACGUGUCACAUCUCAAACAGUGCCUAUGUUAAAAGUAUUGUUUGGACUCACGGUGGCACUGAGAUGAACCCAGCCACAUCUGUGCUGACACUGAACAAAGUAAAACGAUCUCAACAGGGACAAUGGAAAUGUGCUCUACAUGACCAGCAAAACAGUCCCUUUGCCUCGUACAAUUUGGAGUUUAGAUCAACUGGAAGUGAUGUUUGGCAGGCACCGGCAGUGAAGAAAUAUUGCAUACAAGACGGUGGGGAGGUCUCUUUGUCAUGUGAUGAAUCUGAUCCUGGAUUUCAGUGGAAAGAUCAUUCACAGCUGGCACGCGCUGUCACUUGGAAAUGGAGAUCGCAUGAUGGCACAACAAAGGGUUCUGAUCAGAACAUACAAUAUCCAUCGCAACCGUCUGAUUAUAUAGAUCAGUUUCCUUUAACAUUGUCGCUAGUUACGUUUUCAAGUGGUGGGGUUUACACAUGUGAGUUUACUGGCUACUAUAGGACAGGCACCCUCACAAUGGAACUGGUCACAAUGAAAGUUUCAGCCAACGCAUCCAGCGUCGUGAGUGAAGGAGCGACUGUCACAUUGAGGUGUGACAUCUCAAACAGUGGCUAUGGAAUAGGUCUGGUUUGGUAUCAUGGUGGAACUUACAUUGACAAAGGCAAUUCGCUGACACUGAACAAAGUAAAACGAUCUCAACAGGGAGAAUGGAAAUGUUUUCUAUAUCACCAGCACCACAGUCCCUUUGCCUCGUACACACUGGAGUUAACAUCAACUGGAAGUCAUGUUGAGAAGGCACCCGCAGUGCAGAAAUAUUUCAUACACGAGGGUGGGGAGGUCUCUUUGUCAUGUGAUGAAUCUGAUCCUGGAUUUCAGUGGAAAGAUCAUUCACAGCGGACACGCGCUGUCACUUGGAAAUGGAGAUCGCAUGAUGGCACAACAAAGCGAUAUGAUCAGAACAUACAAUAUCCAUCGCAACCGUCUGAUUAUAAAGAUCAGUUUCCUUUAGCAUUGUCGACAGUUACGUUUUCACGUGGUGGGGUUUACACAUGUGAGUUUACUGGCUACUAUAGGACAGGCACCCUCACAAUGGAACUGGUCACAAUGAAAGUUUCAUCCAACACAUCCGAUACCGUGGCAGAAGGAGAUAGCAUCAGUCUGACCUGCCAGCUCUCUAACGACUCCUAUGCACACAUGGUCAGAUGGAUUCACAAUGGGAUUGAGAUCAGCCAUCAAAGCAGCCUCGUUUUGGUGAAAGUGAAGGCUGCUCAGAGUGGGUUGUGGAAGUGUUCCCUGAAAAGGGAGAGUGGAGAGAUCUCAGAGGUAGCGUACAAUUUGAACGUGCAGAAAAUUGGUGCAGAGCAAAACGCACCUAGGAAUUACGCGGCUAAAAUUGGUGAAGGAACCACGUUGUCCUGCACCGAGUCUGACCCUGGGUUUGUGUGGAGGAGCUCCUCCAAUGAGUCUCGUUUGGUCACCUGGUACUGGAGGCCACGUGGUGACAGCACAGUCCGUACGAUACUCGCGGCCCACCCAGCCGGACCUCACGCUGCAUUCAGUUCCCACCUCAACUCCCACGUGAACAUCUCGUCCUCCGCUUUUGACGACGACGACUUCUCUCUGACCAUCUCAGUGGUGAAUGAUGAUGCAGGGGGGGUUUACACUUGUCAGGUUGAAGGAUAUUUCCGAUCCUGGCAGUUGGAAAUGGAGUUGAUUACGUCACAAGUGCCAGGGGCAUCUCCGUACGUGUCGGUUGCUGUUGGUGUGGUGCUGGCUGUGCUUCUCUCUGCUGGAGCUGCUGUUGUUGCAGUGGUGGGCUAUAGAAGAAGGAAGCUCAAUGCAGCAGAGUCUCAGGCAGAGCAAGAAAGUGCUUAUCAAGCAUUGAACUUGCAAUCGAUGAUGAUGGUUGGCCCUGAUCCACAGCGAGGAAGCGACUAUGAAGUGCCGGAAUCGCCAUCGGUGACCAACAAUGAUGCCCCCCGGCAGGAGCGCGAAGGCCACUACCAAGCCCUCAAGCUGCAGCGAAAGGAGGCAGAAGACGAUUAUGACAAUCUUAACGUACGACGCGAGGACGACACGGGCCUUGGGGCCCUGGCCACUCGUGCCCGUGAGGCGCCGUCUGGGCUCCCAGCCCCAGAUGUGGCCCUCGGGAACGGCGUCCGUCGCUCGCAUCUCCAGGGGAUCUCGGCUGCAUCUUCCGGACCCAGCUUUAGUUUUCGUUGAGCACACAAGUGGUUUGUAGAGGCCACAGGGUGUUUCAAAGGCAGUUUCUUGCUCGUGGCUCUUGAUGUGAAGCGGUGAGGGGGGGGAGGGGACACGAAAACCACAACCGCUUAGCCCACUUACAGGUGACACGUGCAGGUGCAGCAUCAGCCGCCAUGGAGUCUCUGCCAAAGACAAUAUCUACAUCAGGGCCACGUCGGAACAUCGAAAGGAAUGUUUGCCACAAGGCCAGCGUGCAUUUUU